AUGAGAGUGCGAUCGCCACCUUCGACUCUCUUGUUACUGCUCCUGCCCGCAAUUGUCUCUGCGGCAGCGGUUGAACCAAAGGCUCAAGAUGGCGUACUUGUAGCCAAGGCACCGGUCGCUGGGGCCGUCAAGGACUACACUGCCAUCACCACCUCGAACGCACGUGCGCCAACACAAAAACCUGUCGUCGGCACGAAAGAUGCUCCUGUCGACGGUCUGGACGGAAAACCGCAUGCAGGACCAUUUGUCGACAUUACUCCCGAGGACAAGAAGAAGCCAGCGGCCGUCGCUGAGGAUCUGGUGAAGCCUCUUCCCACAUCCCUCUCGAAGUUGAAGGGCAGCGAUGCCACAGACUUCGAAUCUAUUCCGGAGAAGAACGACGGAGUCAUGGACGAUGUGAACCGUUUGGCCCCCAAGGAGGGCACCACUGGAACUGAAGGAGGCGUCACUGAGAGAAACAAGAAAGAGAAGGCAGCACAAGGCCAGACUGGUGAGAAGGUCGAGAAGAAGCCAGAGACACCAAAAGAAGCACCUCCACUCCCUCACAGCGAGCAGGAGCGCAUCAGCAAGGACUUGCCAGACAAGGCCAAAGAAGCGAUCAACCCUGUUGGAAAGCCCAAGGGCGCUCAAGGACUCGAGGUACGAUAUGGCGGUUUAGGCCACGUUGUGCGCAACUGA